AUGAAAAUUCAUAAAGAUGGAACUCUAAGUUCGAAACCGAUUGACGAUAUUGAUUUGUCUUUUUCAAUGGAUGAAAAACAUCAAUCGAACCCUCGGGAAAAUAUAAUCAAAGACAUUAACAAUGAAAAAAAUGUUAAUUGUGAGGUUAAAAAAGAUUAUUCUCGUAACGAAUGGAAUGAAUUAGACAAUUCGAUAAAUAUAUUGAAAAGUUUAAAAUAUAAAUUAAAUUUAAUUAAAAAAGAAGUAUUAGGAGAUAAUAAUGGUAAAAAAAAGGAUGUUGUUACCAACGAAACGACGAAGGAUGGUUCUGUUGAAAUUUGUUCCACGACAGAAACAUCAAAAAAAAGACUGGAAAAUUGUAAUAAUAAAAAAACGGUUAAAACUACAACGUGUGCCAAUAAUCCACUGGUUACAAUUGCACCGAAACCGGUUUUUCUAACGAGUGGUAAACUCAUCUCCAUAUCACCCAGUAAUAUAAUUGUAGGAAAUCAACCGGUGGUUGUUUUUGCAGCUGCACCAACACCUUCCAACCUUAUUCCACAACCACCAUUACCGGACAAACGCCAAAGAAUAUUCAAAUGUCAACAUUUAGGAUGUACAAAAAAUUAUUUUAAAUCAUCUCAUUUAAAAGCACACAUGAGAACUCACACGGGUGAAAAACCAUUUUCUUGUCAAUGGGAAGGAUGCAAUCGUCAAUUUUCAAGGUCGGAUGAACUUUCCAGGCAUAAGAGAACACAUACGGGAGAAAAAAAAUUUGUUUGUAAUGUUUGCUCAAUGAAAUUUAUGCGUUCGGAUCAUUUGACGAAACAUUCAAAACGACAUACAAGAACCGGAUCCAUUCCGAUCCCGCAAAAAACCGUUUUUAAUCGCACAAAACCUAUUCACAUCCUACCCGUACCUGUUCCUAUUCACCUACAUACAUAA